AUGACUACAGGGUUGGAAUUACAAUUUGAAGAAAAAGCUGUCCAAUUUUUUGUCUCUCCAAUUCUUGCAUCUAUUAUAACUUGGACGUCGAAGGAUCUUGCAGCUGCUGUUGGGGUGCCUGUUGACAUACUUAAUCGAAUGAUAAAUUUUUGGAUCAGCAAGGGAAUUCUUUCAGAAUCAUUGGGGGAAGAUACCAAUUAUCACAUAUGUUCACUGAUGGAAGGGGCUGACUCUAGUAGAACUGGUAUUCAUGGGGGUAGUAAUGAUGAACAUCUCAUGGGUGAUGAAGAUGGGGACAGAUCGCUGGCUUCUGUUGAGGAUCAAUUACACAAAGAAAUGACUUUUUAUGAGGCCCUUCCCUUAUACCUGGAUAAGCUCGUCAAUCAGUAUCUGGUGCUUUCAGUAACCUUUGUUCUAUUCUUUGCAGAGGCAGAUUCUUGA